AGCUUUUAAGAUGCGCCAGGAGGGACAAAUUUAAGCAGUUCGUCUCUCAAAAUGGCGGACGAACCAACACGGGAGUGGAGCGAACAGCAGCUCAAAAGUGACGACUUCCCCAAAAAAGACAUCAUAAAGUUCAUUCAGGACAAUGCAGCCCACUCGUUCCUCAACGAGCAGAAGCUGCUCGGAAACAUCAAAAACGUCGCCAAAACCGCGAAGAAGGAACAUUUGAUCGUUGCCUACAAUCAGCUCUUUGAGAGCAAAAGGUUUUUAGGUACAGAACCGAUUGAGGAAGUGACCGAGCAGGUUAGAUCCGUGAAGCUUGACGAAAAGCCCAAAGACGCCCCCGCGGAGAUAGUGGAUGAGGGUCCACCAAAGUUCUUCAAGUCUGUGCUGAAGAAAGGAGACAAGGAGAACUUCCCAAAGAAAGGGGACAAUGUGAGCUGCUGGUACACCGGCUCCUUGGAGGACGGAACCGUCUUCGACACCAACAUCCCCACAACGGCGAGAAAGAAGAAGCAGACCAAACCGCUGACCUUCAAAGUGGGCCUGGGCCGGGUCAUCCGAGGGUGGGACGAGGGCAUCCUGACCAUGAGCAAGGGCGAGACGGCCCGGUUGGAGAUCGAGCCGGAGUGGGCCUACGGAAGGAAGGGCCUCCCCGACUCCAAAAUCCCCCCCAACGCCAAGCUGAUCUUCGAGGUGGAGCUGGUGGCUGUGGACUAACCGCCCCGACCCACAUGCACCGCAGUUUGAAAGAAGAAAAUAUUGAAUUGCCUUGCUGUAAAGUUUGACGUUGACAUGGAUGUUUUGUUUUUUUAAUUGUACCGUUCUGUUCCUACUUUGUCCUUCACCGUGUUACAAGAAACGGGCAGUUAUCACAGCGUUUUGUGUUUUGGCCAACAGGGGAUGGCUUGUCAAUAAUGUACAUAUGAAACACCCUGAAACCUUUUUCUCUGUAAUUUCUUUUGCAUCUGAAAUGUAAAUGAUUAAUAAACUGGUUUCAGAGA